UCGGUUUCUGCAGCCGAUCAACAGAUGGCGGCACCGACCAGGAAAAGUGUUGUGGUCAACGUCAGCUUGUUGUUAGAGCUCUCACAGGUGUGUCACCGAUCAGCGUUCGAGUCCUCACAGGUGUUUCACGGAUCAGCGUUGGAGUCUUCACAGAUCAUUAUGACAAAACUAAUGGAAUGGUUAACUGGGGCUGUACUUAUACUUGGUCCAUGGUCAGCAGUUGUCACAAACACAAUACAGAAUGAGUUUACCAAGCAGUACUACUGGGAAAUUUUGUUACUUCCAGUCCUGUUAGUGGCAUUAUUUGGAUUGGUUUCAGUUGCUAUUAUUGCUUACCGUGUAUACACCUUCAAUGACUGUCAAGAAGCAGCUCAAGAGUUACAAAAUCAGAUUAAAGAAGCAAAGUCUGAUUUAAUAAGAAAGGGUCUCAAGUUCGACAAGACGUAGAAGUUGAACUUGUGUAUGUAUAGUUAUAAGAAAUAAUUAUUUAAAUAUAAGCAGCUGUGUCUGCCCUGGAGUUUAUGUAAGUGGUAAUAAAUACUUUAAAUUAAUAUUUUAACAUGCCAUUUAUAAUUGAUCAAGUUCUGUACACUGUAUUAUGUUAAUUUUGUCUUCAUUAAUUGAGGUGAUAUUUAUAAAUAAUGCCAGUAUUAUUCUGAGAUUUAAAAAUGUAUUAGAUUUAAUUAAAGGUGUUUAAAUCAG